AUUUUAAAACUACGACCCACCUAUUAUAUAAAUUACAAAGAUUCAAAAUUUCUAAAAUUAUGCCACAUCAUCCAUUAAUAUACUAAUUAGUAUACCAAUCGGUGCAUAUAGCAUUAUACUUUGGAUCAUUGAAUCUUUAUUGGAAUGUAUAUUGUAUAGUUCAUCCCAAAUUAAGAAGUUUAUUUACUAGGUUUUCAAUGCUAUGUUUGGAUCACGGAUUUGAUUUGCGGAUUGGAAAGAAAAGGGAAGGAAAAUGUGAAAUAAAAUUGAGAUGAUCUCCUCUCCAUACUCAUCUAUACCCCUAUUGUGGCCCAAAUUCAUACCCGUAUGUAUGUUCUGAACCGUCUACCUUGUAGAUUCUGCAAAAUUGAGAUGAUCUCCUCUCCAUACUCAUCUAUACCCCUAUUGUGGGCCCAAAUUAAUACCCAUAUGCAUGUUCUGAGCCGUCUACCUUGUAGAUCUUGCAAAGGUUAUGAAAAAAAUUAAUUUUGUCGGACAUUUAUAAACACACGAACCAGUCACAUUUUGUUUUACAAAAUGAAAGACAAAUAUAAUUGUAAACUUAAACCAUCCAUUUUAUAAAACAAAAUGCGAUUGUUCCUAUAUUUAUAGUUGUUUGAUAAAGCUGAUUUUUUGCAUAGAUAAUCUUGAUUGCGAGGCCUAUGAAGUAGAUGGUUCGAAUCAUUUGUGUCUGCCUGGUUAGAGCCCGCAAGAGGGAUAUGGACAUGUAUGAAGAGAUGAAAUAUGGAGGGGAGCUUAUCCAAAUAAAAUUAGUUUAUAUUUUAUUCAUAAUUUUCUCUCCAUUUACUUUCCCUAAACAAAUCACUAUCUAAAUUCAUGAUUCAAAUACAGCCUAAAGAUUUGUGGAUAAUGUACGCACCCAAAAGAAUAUGCAGAAAAUAAAGUGUAUGAUGUAGAUUCAAACUUAGAUUGAAUCUUGUUAGCACAUUUCAUUUCCGGGGUAGUUAUUCUAGGUGCAUGGUAUUACUGAAAUGUUUGGUGUGAUUCUUCUUUACUGAUCAAUGUUGAGAACUGGAUUGAUCAUGGAAAAGGAGAAUUGAGCUAAGCAGUGUAAUCCUGAAUGUGAUGCUGUUGUGUUCUAUGUUAUUUUGGGAGAGAAGUGGCAGAAUGUGGACAUUCAUUGAAAGACCUUUGUAAGAGAGGAUAGCUUUGAAGCUAAUUAAAAUUGCUUAAUUACAUUCGGUGAGAAGGUGAUAAAUUUGAAGCUGCACAUUUAUUUUUACUGAGAAGGUAUGCACCUUUAUGGUUACUGAGAUGUCAUUGAAACUACAAACCACAUAGCUAGUGGGAUUUUGUGUCAUGUUGGCAAAGAGGCCAAAGUUUGGGCUUCUUAUCAGUCAAAAAAGAAAAUUACUGGAGUAUGUAAUCAAUACAAAAGGUUAAUGUAAGUAAGAGUACAAAAUAUGUUCAAGAUGAAGAAGAAAAAGAAGAAUUGAAGCAUAUAAUCAAUACGAAAAAAGACGCAAAUCGGUAUAUAAUAGAUGGUCCAAGAGGUAUAUUAUGUCUAUAUAACUAUCUUGAUAUAUACACUUCACCUCUCAUUUACCAACUCACUUUACAUUUACGAUCCCUUAAAAUGUCUUUAGCAUGUUGUGAUUAUCAGAAUAUACGGUUGGCAGCUUGUUUGAAUGCUUGAAAGAAAAUGACCCAAGAGUAAAAUAAUUCCUUGGAAAUAAAUUCCUUAAAAGAAGGGCUUAAUGACUAAUCUAAUUAAAAAUCAACUUGUGCAUGCAUGGCCCAUUGAAUUGCAAAAAAUGCCUUAAAAUCUUUCAUUUUCUUGAAAAAGACUCAUAUAUCGAAAGCAUACCAAGACUAGUAGAUUCAUCUUGCUAAAUCUUUAUAAUUAAAAUUAGUUCAUGUUGUUGACUUUGGAGCCAACAAUUAAACCAAUAAGCCCACCUGGCUGUUUUUGUUUCCUUUCUUUUUUCUCUUUUUUUUUGUCUUCUUCUUCUUAUAUGGUCAAAAAUAGGCCUGGUGUAUAGGAGUUGCAUUGUAAUUAACAGAACCACUAAAUGUAUAUCUAUCAGCUUUCAUAGUGUUUUUGGGAUAUAUUAGAUAUAUUUAGUUGGAAAAUUUGAGGAUGAGCGACAUGCUAUUGUAUUGUAGCCAUGUGCAUGUUGAAUACAUUUAGUGAGUAUAUGGGUAUCAUGGAAAAAACUCUCUUGAAGCGUUCUAAUAAUGAAUGAAAGAAGAGUGGUUUCGAAGUAGUUCAAUGUAAUUCAGUUAGUUCAAGAGUCUAUAUGGUUUUUUCUUGAAUAAUGGGAUCAAGAAUUCAGGUCUGUUUGCUGGUUAUUUCCGUCCAAAUUUUUCUCGUAGCAGCGCAGAUGAAUAAUCUGGACUUUGCUGCUCUAAACGCUCUCAAAGAAAUCUGGAAGAACACACCACUCAAUUGGGUUGGAUCGGAUCCAUGUGGCAACGGUUGGGAAGGAAUUCAUUGCACCAAUUCACGUGUGACAUCUAUAACAUUAGCCAGCAUGGGAUUGACUGGUCAGCUGUCCGGAGACAUUCAAGGGUUGUCUGAAUUACAGACUUUGGAUCUAUCAUACAACAGCGGUUUGAUAGGAUCUCUUCCUCAAUCAAUUGGAAAUUUGACUAAGUUAUCAAACCUGAUCCUGGUUAGUUGCGGUUUCAGUGGUCCAAUUCCAGAGACAAUAGGAUCUCUGCAGCAACUGAGCAUUUUGUCUCUGACUUCCAACAACUUCAGUGGACCAAUUCCACCUUCAAUUGGUAAUCUCUCUAAUCUUUAUUGGCUGGAUCUGAGUGUCAAUAAGCUUUCUGGAACUAUCCCUGUCUCACCUGGUCUGGAUAUGCUGGUUAAUGCGAAACACUUUCAUUGUGGAAGCAAUCAGUUCUCUGGUGAAAUCCCAUCUCAACUUUUCAAUGCAAAUAUGUCUCUGAUACAUGUGCUUUUUGAUCACAACAAACUCAGUGGCAAGAUUCCUUCAACGCUAGGACUAGUGAAGACUUUGGAGAUAUUGUUCUUGUCAAACAAUCAACUGACUGGCCCCUUUCCUGAUCUUACUGGCUUGAAUUCCCUCAACCACGUGGAUUUAAGCAAUAAUACUAUUGACAAGACAGAUUUCCCUCCAUGGGUUGAAACCUUACGGUCUUUGGAAACAUUAAUGAUGGAAGACACAGGACUUCAAGGUCAAAUUCCAGAUGCCUUUUUCAGCCUUCCACUGUUAAUAAAAGUUGUAUUGAGGAACAACAAGCUUAAUGGCACUUUGGUUGUCAACUCCGACAGUAGCGACCACCUGCAACUUAUAGAUUUGCAGAACAAUUACAUAACUGACUAUAUGGUGGGAAAGCGAUUUAACUCUGAGUUAAUACUUGUAGGAAAUCCAGUUUGCGAGGGCGCACAAGGGACAGAACCAUACUGCAUCAUUCAACAGUCAAAUUCCUCAUAUUCAACAGAACCAAAGACUUGUAUGCAAGUUACAUGCAAGUCACAUCAAAUAUCCAGCCCCAACUGUAGAUGUGCUUAUCCAUAUACGGGUUUGCUAAUUCUCGGAGCUCCUUCCUUUAACGUUAGAAACUCAAAUAUCUACACAUCUCUCGAGAAUUAUCUGAUGCGUUCUUUUCAGUCCUAUCAACUCCCUGUGGAUUCAGUUUCUCUGAGUAAAAAUCCAGAUGAUUCCCUCAUCAUUCUAAGCUUAGAAGUUUUUCCAUAUGGCGUAGAGCAUUUUGAUCGAACUGGAAUUUCUGGGAUUGCGUUUGUGCUGUCCAACAUGACUUUCCAUCCUAUGAAGCCUUUAGGGCCCUUGUUUUUCAUUGCAGACCCAUAUUCAUAUUUUGCAGGAACUAAGAAGUCAUCAAGUGCUGGCAUUAUCGGAGUGGCAGUUGGUUGUUCUUUGCUUGUGUUAUUGUGUCUCCUUGCAGGAAUUUAUGCAUUACAUCAAAAGAGAAGAGCUGAAAUUUCUGAUAUGCAGAACAAUCCUUUUGCUUCUUGGUGCCGAAAUGAAAGCAAUUUUGGUGCUCCUCAAUUAAAAGGAGCUAGGUGUUUCUCAUUUGAAGAGCUUAAGAAAUACACAAACACUUUCUCAGAUGCCAACUGUAUUGGAGUUGGUGGCUACGGAAAGGUAUAUAGAGGAACUCUUCCCACUGAGCAACUGGUUGCCAUCAAAAGGGCUAAACAAGGAUCUACACAGGGUGAUCUUGAAUUUAAAAGUGAGCUUGAGCUUCUAUCCAGGGUUCAUCAUAAGAAUGUUGUGAGCCUUGUGGGUUUCUGUUUUGAGCAAGACGAACAAAUGUUGGUGUAUGAGUAUAUUGCAAAUGGUACACUGAAGGAGUCUCUUUCAGGGAAAUCUGGAAUCAGGCUGGAUUGGAUGAGGAGACUUCGAAUAGCCCUUGGAGCAGCAAGAGGUUUGCAAUAUCUACAUGAGCUUGCCAACCCUCCAAUCAUACAUAGGGACAUCAAAUCAAACAAUAUCUUACUAGAUGAAUACUUGAAUGCAAAAGUUUCUGAUUUUGGUCUCGCCAAGAGUAUUGGUGACCCCGAAAACUGUCAUAUUACCACUCAAAUCAAGGGGACAAUGGGCUACUUGGAUCCUGAAUAUUGCAUGACCCAGCAGUUGACUGAGAAGAGUGACGUUUAUGGCUUUGGAGUGCUAAUGAUUGAGCUGAUAACUGCGAAACAGCCGAUAGAGAAAGGCAAAUACAUUGUAAGAGAGGUGAGGCUGAAAAUAGACAAGUCAAAGGAUCUGUACGAUCUUCAUGAGAUUAUCGAUCCAAACAUUUUGGGCACCGCACUGAAAGGUUUAGAGAAAUUUGUGGAUUUGGCAAUGAGGUGUGUCGAAGAAGGAGCUGCGAGGCCUACAAUGGGUGAGGUGGUAAAAGAGAUUGAGAACAUCAUGCAAAUUGCCGGUUGGAACCCUAAUGCUGACUCAGUGUCCACUUCAGUCUGUUAUGAAGAGACUAGCAACCAUCCUUACAUCGAAGAAAGCCUCAUUAUGUAUAGCAGGACCUUGGCACGUUAAAUGUUAGUUCCCUGGUAAGUAUUAUUAAACAUUUUCGUGUAGAACAUGUGAUGAAUUCUUGGCUUUUCUUUCUUUUGUUGGACAGUCCUAGGUGUGUUGCUUGUCUGGUAGACUAUGAAGAAAGGAAGAGAGAAGUGAAACGAAAUCAAAAUAUUGAUGCACAUAUUGUGUGUAUAUUAGGCUAAGUCUUGUAAUUUUUCCAUAAAUAAGCUACUAUUUUCUAUUCCAAGUAAUCAUCCCUCAAUUUUCUGUUGUAUUGAGAAAAGAAAAUGUGAUUUACUGAUUCAUUUCUGAUGAAAAUUCUAUAUAUGCAACAAUUAGUAGA